GGAUCUCAAACGACAAGAUUGGGUUUAAUGGCCAAAAAACACGCUCUUGGCCCGGUGUUUGUUAGCGCCUUGGUAUGUGAAAAACUCGGGGGACAAUCAACUUCAAAGUGAAUUGCCCUAAAAGAGUUCUUUAGCCGUUGUGGACCCAAUUCUCGAUCCCAUUCAUUGGGGAGUAAUCUAGGAGAUAGGGAGGCGAUUUCAGUCCGGGAUCAUGGAGCUCCAACCUUAUUCAACGGAUAGGAAGAAGGCCCUGGUAGAUGAGAUUGCCCAGAGAAUCUUUGAACAAAUCCGGAUCCACGGGGGCCGAGAUUUGGACGCCAUCGUUCAAGGGAUAUCCAAUUUCCAAAUCCCUGAAACAGUCGUUGAACUGAAUCAGAGAGCACAAGAACCACCCAAAGUGAGCCAUGUCAAUGGGCAUCAAAAUGGUCCGAUCAAGUUGGAAGACAAGAGGGAGUGGAAUCUCACACCCGGAGCAGCGGUCCCGACGACACCCAAGCCUUUCCGAUCCACUGUGGAAAGUGUCCAAUUCCAGAGUGAACAUCCCCGACGACCUUCUUGGGUGGAAAUGGCCAACAAACCUUUGCCGACUCCCAAUUUGCAACGGUCAGUGUCGAAUGUUCAGAUUUCAAGUGGACGGCCUCCAAUCGGAGCCUUGACCAAUACCUUACCUCGAUCAAACGGCGCCCCUAGACGUCCACCUCCUCCUUCGAUCCACUCUGCCUUGCCGUCAAACGGAUUACGGCGUAGCCAAUCCUCCCAGAGAUUAACAUUGAGGCCGGAUGACUUUUGGCUCAAAUCCCGGCCAUCGAGUAGGUCCACUUCCAUGGAUAAUCUUCACCAAUCUGAUCACAGGAUAUCGAUAGGAAGUGCCGCAGACGGAAUUCUUCACGUCGGAGACAGGAUUGUCCAGAUUGAGCAUCACAACGCAACCAAACUUGCCCAUUUUGACGCUCAGAACAUUAUCAAACACUCCGGCACAAAUCUGAAACUGGGCAUCUCAAGGCCUGGCUUUUCUGCUCCAGGAGCUGCGCCCUUUUCAAGUCUACCCGCAGUCAAACCUAGUUAUACCCUUCCUCAGAAGCCUCAUCAGGGCCACGCCAUGCAUCAUCAGAAUCAAGGAUUUGGGUCUCCUCCCAGUCAGGGAGGUUUCUACCAACCGCAGCCGCAAAUUCACCAGAGAAGGCCUACAGCAUAUGGCUCCAUUGAACGAGCAAAUGCAGCCAAUACCGUCUUGGACGCUGUGAAUGUCCAUCGAGAGUACCAGAGUAAUACAUACACAAACACUCCUCCUGCCUUUACCUAUGGUGGGCCACGGCUCCAGUCAUACUCAGACAUCUAUCAAACAUCACCUGCUGUCCACUCUAACAAAACACCUGCACAAGUGACUGCUCCCAUGUUCAAUAGUAACUUCUCCACUUUUGGACCCACCCCCACCAAUAACAAUGGGUCAACUGCGUUCCAUCCCCAAUCCUACGAUCAAGUUCAGACGCCAUUCAACAAUAAGUUCCAACGACCUCCCACCUCUCCUAAAAGGAACUUUAACAAGAUCCCAAAUUCGUAUAUGGCUCCCCAAGGGAAGACAAUUGAUGUUGGCGGGGUCAAGAAACAGGUCGUGACCAAGCAAUUCAAUUCUCCGUUGAAUUUAUAUUCAGAUGCUGCUAUUGUUGAGGCAGCAGUGGCUAAUCCUGCCAGUGGUGUGAGCACCGGGGGUCAUCCAGGAUUUGUUCCCACUCAACGACAUCUCCCCUCCCCCAAAGAUAAGAUCAUCUCUAGACCCCAACAAUCAGAAACUUUUAAGUUGAUUUUGGAAUCCGAAAUGGACGGCGCACGAGAUCAACAGGGCGUGGUGGGUCGAGAGUUCCAUCAGCCCGCCCAUUCCAGCCGCCCCUCUUCGUCCUUGUCUAAUCGGUCACAACCAAAUGCGAUCAUGCUCGAUAACACAAUUCACCAGAGUGCUUCCUUCAAGCGGCUUAUGCAUAAUAUGGCCGUGGGUCCAGAGAGUACAGAGGACCAAACCGAUUUCUGAAUCAUCUUUUUCUUGGCCACCUUCAAGGUUCAUCCGUUCAUUGAAGUCCUCUCUUGCUCUCUUUUAUCAGAUCUAACGACUUUCUUUUUCUCUGACAAUCGUUAAAACUCACUUAUUUCAAUAAAAACACAUUAUUUCUAUGAAACCAGAA